AGCCUGUGGUCCAUUAUUUGGACUGUGCUUGGUCUCUCCGAGGGAGCGCCCCAGGCAGCUACCUGUGUUGUAUCUGGGAGCUGUCACAGGCUGGACCCAGCUCUGCCUGACUCUGCAUGGGACUCCUGGCAGCUGCCUGCAUGGGGCCUGCUUUGGCUCUUUCUUGGUGAGUGCUGAGACCUGAGUAAAGGAUGAGCUCGCAGGUGCAGAUGGGCGGGCAGCCGACGGAGGUGCUGUGCCUGAUGAACAUGGUGCUGCCGGCCGAGCUGCUGGACGACGAGGAGUACGAGGAGAUCGUGGAGGACGUGCGCGACGAGUGCGGGAAGUACGGGCUCGUCCAGUCCAUGGAGAUCCCACGGCCCGUGGACGGCGUGGAGGUGCCCGGCUGCGGGAAGAUCUUCGUGGAGUUCACCUCUGUGUUUGACUGCCAGAAAGCCAUGCAGGGCCUGGCGGGUCGCAAGUUCGCCAACAGAGUGGUGGUCACAAAAUACUGUGACCCCGACUCUUACCACCGCCGGGACUUCUGGUAGAGGUGGCGGGGCAGCGCAGCGGCGGAGCUGGCUGGGGGCGUCUCCCCCCUCCUGCUCCCCCCAUUUCCCCCCUCCCCCGUAACGCUCUGCAGACGCUGGGCAGAGGAGUGUGAGCCGAAUGACAGCCGGCAGCAACUGGAAUGGCAGCAGUGAAGGCUGGGGGUGGGCUGGGCGCGGGGCGGGGCGGGGCGGGGCCCGGGUAAGUGCGCACGCAGACCCGCACAGAUGCAGGCACGGCACAGACACAGGGGGAAGGGCGGGGAGGGGGAGACAGCGGGGCGGGGUCGGUCCCCCACAUCCCCUCCCUGAAGCAGUCUUCUGCGGGAUACCCCCUGUCUCUUACCCUUCCCCACCGUGGAAACACAGUGUGUUUCUAUUUGACGGCCAAACUCUUUUGAAUUUGGUUGUCCGGCCUGGUACCUUGCCCCUUCCCUCUCAGGACCACAGGUCCCGUCCUCCUGGCCUCUGGUCCUCGCCCCGGUGUCCUGGUUUCUUCCCUAGUUGAUUCUCUCUAGUCUCCCGGGCCUGCCCUCCACCCCGUGGGCCCUGUCCCUCUCCUCCUCUCUGUGGCACUUUCAUAUUUGCUAAGACGAAUUUGCUCAUUAAACAAUUUGUUGUAUUAGAAAAAGAAAAAAAGAAAAACCACCACCUAUAACCUCCCUGGCUAGAUCAACCUAUUUGCUCACGGUCUGUUUUCCCCACUGGGGCUGCAGGACACACACAUGGUUGAUAGAAAUUACAAAACUUGCAUGGGUCCAUGAAAUAUAUACACAUGUAUCUGUAAUGUAUUUGAAAUAAAGACA